UCAAAAGAGAUGGAAGAGCGUUUGAUCCCAAUGAAUGAGAUUCUCCCAGGAAUGAAGGAAUGGAAAUGCAAGGUGAGAGUGAUCAAGAAGCUAGGAGCUAAGCAAGCUAACAAUAAUCCUAAUAAAUUUCAGAAACUAAUCUUGGGUGAUGGCUUGGGCCACACUCUUGAUGCUGUGAUAUUCCAUGAUAAUAUAGAUAGGUUCAAACAUGUGCUUCAAGAGGGUAAUGUUUACAUGGUGAAAGGAGCUUAUGUUUCUGAUCCAAAGCAAUACAGGAAUCCAAUUGUGACAUGUAAUUACCAAUGGACGUUCAGAAAAGAUACUUCGGUGAAGGAAGAACCAAAUGAUUCUAUACCUGCCGGGGGACUAAGUUUUAGAACAACUCCAAGUUGCGAGUUCCACAAAUUCCUCUCAACAAAGACAUUGAUCAGUUAAGCUAAGCAACUUAGUUAUUGAAGAUUUGUGAAUGAUAUUUCUAUAUUUAUUUUAGCAAUGUUAAUUAAUCAUUUUCUUCUCUUACUUAGAUACUGCUUGUGUCAUUAUUGCUACCCAUGAACCUCGGGUAGUCACAGUCAAAGGACAGGGUAAAGUCAUUCGUGAGUAUGCUGCUAUAGAUACAGAGUAUGUUAGAUACACGAUGAGUUUAUAUUUUUGUAUUUCUUUACAUAUGUUUAGUUUAGUUUAAAGUAACAUAUUACAUGGAAAUGUAGGCUGGAAUCGUUUGUGGUGACAUUUUGGGAAGAUUCUGUAUCCGAUGAGAUCUAUGCU